CGGAGGUCACCGCGCACGCUUCCGGAGGCGUGGACUCCCCCAGCCCUGAGCUCCGUCCCCUCCCGGGGCGCGUGCACAGUGCGCGCUCCCGAGACACCAGGAAAUAUGGCGGCGCUCAUGACUUCCAGUCAGUUAUCAAAUGGAAACGCAGCUUAUGAAAACUACUACAGACAGCUGGAUCCUGGAAACACAGGCAAAAUAUCAGCUGGCGAUGCAGCCCAGUUUCUGAAGAAGUCUGGACUCUCAGACAGUACACUGGGAAAAAUUUGGGAUCUGGCAGAUUCAGACAGAAAAGGCUACUUGGAUAAGCGGGGUUUCUUCAUUGCUCUGAGACUGGUGGCGUCAGCACAGGGUGGAAAUGAUAUCAGUCUCAACAACCUCAAUCAAAGCUUAGCUGCACCAAGCUUUAGGGAUACUAACAGUCCGUUGUUAAGUGUGUCAACAACAGUGUCCGAUUCUCAGUGGGCAAUUAGGCCUGAUGAAAAAGGGAAAUUUGAGGGAAUAUUCGAGAGUCUCUCUCCUGUUAAAGGUCUCCUCUCGGGUGAUAAAGUCAGGCCCGUUUUGAUCAACUCCAAGCUACCUCUGGAUGUGUUGGGAAAGAUUUGGGAUCUAAGUGAUGUCGACAAAGAUGGACACUUGGAUAAAGAAGAAUUCACAGUGGCCAUGCAUCUUGUGUAUCGUGCCAUGGAGAAAGAGCCUGUACCGAGCAGUUUACCAGCUUCGCUCAUUCCACCCUCAAAAAGGAAAAAAUCUGGGAUUGCACUUCCAGGUGCCAUAGCUGUGUUACCCACUCUCUCUGGUCUUCCAUCUGGAACAGCUCCUCUCAUAGAGACCCUGCGAAGCACUCCUCCUCUGGGGAUUACUCCCAUAAGCACCAGUGCUGUCAACCUUUCUCCAAAGCACUCAUUUAAAUCCAGUUCAGUGCCAACGAUAAACUGGGUGGUACCCGUGGCCGACAGAGAGAAAUAUGAUGAACUUUUCAAGAAAACGGACAUGGACAACGACGGGCUGGUUACAGGGAGCGAGGUCAUUGAAAUCUUCAUGCACUCCACUCUCUCUCAGACAAUGCUGGCCCAGAUAUGGGGACUUGCUGACACGAAACAGACAGGAAAGCUGAGCCGGGAACAGUUUUCUCUGGCCAUGCAUCUAAUCCAGCAAAAGGUCACAAAAGACAUAGACCCUCCCUCCACUCUCACUUCAGACAUGAUCCCUCCAUCAGAGAGGACGACAACAACAACAUCAGGCCUUAGCUAUUUGGGGCUUCUCUCCUCUAUGAGACCUGAACUUGCUUCUACAGCUAGUGUGCGCAGAGACAGCGCCAGCUCCACGGGGUCAGUGGAGCUCACGGGUAUCAAAGAGCUGGAUGACCUCGGCCAGGAAAUAGCUCAGCUGCAGAGAGAGAAAUUCAUCCUGGAGCAAGAGAUUAGGGAAAAGGAGGAAGCUAUUAGACAAAAGAACAGUGAUGUUCAGGACAUGCAGAAUGACUUGGACAGGGAAAGCGGCAGCCUGCAGGAUCUGGACUCCCAAAAGCAGGAUGCCCAGGAACGUCUGGAGGAGAUGGACCAGCAGCGCUCCAAGCUGGAGGGAAUGCUAAAUGACGUAAAGCAGAAGUGUCAGGAGGAGACCCAGAUGAUUUCAUCCCUGCAGACCCAGAUCCGCUCUCAAGAGACUGACCUCCGCGGUCAGGAGGAUGAACUGAGUCGCACCAGGGCGGACUUCAGUCGGCUGCAGGAGGAGGAGGCCCAGCUGGAGCAAAGAUUGCUCUCUGGUCGUGUCCAGCUGGACAGCAUUGUGAAGUCACUCAAAACCACCCAGGAGGAGAUCAACCAGGCUCGCAGUAAGCUAUCGCUGAUCCAAGACAGCCAGAAAGAAAUGACGAAGGUCAUUGAUCAGUACAACCGUGCUUUGAGCGACAUCAACAGCGGAAACCUCAGCAACCUGCCUGACUUAAGCGAGGGCUUUUCUGAGAAGGAGAACGGUGGUUUCAGAAGUGUGGACGACUCCAUCAAGUCAAAGAUAGCCAUGUUCAACAACAGUGGUGCCAAGGAGCCUCCAGCAGACCCCUUCCAGACAGAGGACCCCUUCAAGUCUGACCUCCUUAAAGAUCCAUUUGGAGGAGAUCCUUUCAAAGAAAGUGAUCCCUUCAAAGGUAGCUCAUCUGAAGACUUCUUUAAGAAGACUGACAAGUCGGACUUGUUUGGAUCUGCAGACCCUUUUAGCAGAAAACCCACACCGCCAGUCAAGCCAAGUUCCCUCGGCAGCAGUGACCCGUUUGCGUCGAACAGCUCAAAGCCAGAUUUGUUUGGGAAAGCGGACCCCUUUGGAAGCAACUCCUUUGGAGGCAGGGCUAGUGGAUUUGCUGACUUCAGUCAUAUGUCAAAGCAGAAGCAAGACCAUCCUGUGAUUCCCUCAAAGAAAAAUGUACCCAACCGGCCAGCACCUCCCUAUGUAGGUAUGCUCAGUUUGAGUGCAUCAGAGCCGCUCCAGGGCGUUUGCUCCGCUGCAGUCAGUAAAGACUCUUUUGUUACGACACAGUCGAGUAAAGCAUCCAAAGACUGUCCUGUGGGUUUUGCAGAUUUUGGUUCUUUUGGAAGUGAGAGCCAGCAGCUGGAGUGGGCCAAACGGGAGAGCGAGCGUGAGGAGCAGGAGAGGCUGCGGAGGCUGCGGCUCCAGGAGCAGCAGGACCUGGAGCUGGCCAUCGCUCUCAGCAAGGCCGAGCAGGCCAACACCUGAUCGGGCACUCCCUGCUGCAGCUUCUUGCCCCCUCCUGUCUUCCUUACAGUCCUCCCUGUGCAGGCUCAUGACAUCAGCACUGACACUCGCCCUACGUGACUAACAGCCUCUGAUUCCAGUAUGUUCCCACUUAUGACUGGACUCAUGCCAAAUGACUCAAUAUUCACCUACAGGUUACAAAUCAUUGUUCCUAAACUACAUGGAAACUAAAAUCAGGGAGAAUUCAGAGCAACCGGACUGCAGCUUGGCUUCCCUUUACAAGAACACAGUUUUAAGAGCAGAGUGACUCCACUAAUCAGCUCAGUUUGGCGAUCCCUUUAAGAUUAUUUUACAGCUUAUUUCUUCACAAAAGCAGGAAUCAGAGGUGUAUUAAGUAGCCUGACAUGAAGAUUGUUUUGUAUAAUCUUUCAUAACUUGGAAAAGUUCCUUUUAAAAGACUAACACUAUUUUGCCAACCUCUCUGUUGGUCUGUAGAGAACUUUUUCAGACUUCUAUAAAUACAACCAAACUUCUGCUGAUGGACUGUGAUAAAGUGAUCAGAUCAACAACAGCACGGUUAAGGCUUCUAUUUCAAAUGUUACAAGUGUUUCUAGUUAUUUAUGCCUCCAUAUCCACUAUUUAUGGCAUUUAAAGUGCAUGUUUAGAAGAAAUAUUGGACUAUAACCAGGGCCACUGACAUGCUAGUGAUAAUCAUUGAAGUCUUCCUUUACAAUGAAAAAAAACUUGACAACUGGGAGCAGUUCGCACCCGUCUGAUGUCAGCAGGCUGUGCGCUCACAUGGUUCAUCACUGGUUGCCUUGUCCUUACACUCGGAGUUCCUACACUCCCGAAAACUGAAGUCCUCCAUGAAGAAAAAAAGGGUAAACCUGCGUUGUUUUUACUGACUGUUACGUUUAACCCA